GCCGGCAAAAAUUGCAAAGAAAGAAAAAUUGGCAAAAAUUUGGCACUAGAAUUUGUUUUUUCAGCGAGUGGAAAUUAAUGCGUUUGUUGCGCAGCACAAAGGCUAUAAAAGCUAUACUCAGUCGUAGUUACAGUAACAGCAGGUCAACUGGAAAGAUGGCCACGGACAUCAAAUUUAACGGAUCGCUAACCCGCAGCGAUCCACAGUUGCAGCCCGUGCUGAUCAUUGGCCAGCUGCGUCAUCUCAAUCUGCUGAAGUUUGGGCAUUUGGCCAGCAAAUUGGAGCCCCGAGUUACCGAGGAGACAUUCAAAACUGCCAUCGCUUGCCUGCAUCCCGCGCCCACGGACAAGUGUUCACUGUAUCUGGAUGUGGCAACGGUUGCAGCACUGCCAUUGAAGGCAUCGAGACACAAUACCGCAUCGCGGGCUCACGCCAUAACGCGUCUGGUGAAGAACCAUGUGCUCAAUGUGAAUGAGGAAAGCGUUGUGCUGGUUUGCGAGCGCGAGAACAUCUUUGCCAGCGCCUGUGCUGUGGUGCGCGCCUUUCCCCUCUAUUCCCGUAAAACGGGAGGCGGCAAUGGUUGCAAGUCCCCAACUGCCGAUGGCGGAGAUGCUGAUGCUACCCGUUCGGUUGUCAACGUGGAGUUCAUUGUCAUUGACAAGGAGGGCUGCAUUGAAGAGAAACCAUUGAGCCAGGAUGAGCUCAAUUGUCUGCAGGAGUCGGCGCGUAGUAUACGUUUAGCAGCUCGCAUUGUGGACACUCCCUGCAACGAGAUGAACGUUGAUGACUUUAUUGAAAAUAUACGCGAAUUUGGCAAAGAACUCUCCUUGGAGCCACUGAUCAUACGUGGCGAAGAGCUGAAGGAACGUGGAUUUGGUGGUAUCUACGGUGUGGGCAAGGCAGCGACGGUGCCACCAGCUCUAGUGGUACUCUCCCACGAGCCCAAAGGCGCACAGGAAACCAUUGCUCUUGUGGGCAAGGGCAUUGUCUAUGAUACCGGCGGCUUGAGCAUCAAGGGUAAAACCGCAAUGCCGGGCAUGAAGCGAGACUGCGGCGGAGCUGCAGCUAUUCUCGGUGCCUUCUAUACGGCCGUCAAGUGUGGAUUCAAUGAUAACCUGCAUGCGGUGUUCUGCUUGGCCGAAAACUCUGUGGGUCCAAAUGCCACACGUCCCGACGACAUUCAUACGUUGUACUCUGGUCGUACCGUGGAAAUCAACAAUACGGAUGCUGAGGGCCGUUUGGUGCUGGCCGAUGGUGUUUGCUUUGCCAACAAGGAUCUCAAGGCGAACAUCAUUCUCGAUAUGGCCACAUUGACUGGCGCUCAAGGUAUAGCAACAGGCAAAUAUCAUGGUGCCAUAUUGACAAACUCGGAGCCAUGGGAGGCAAAGGCAUUGCAAGCCGGACGUAAAUCCGGCGAUUUAUUGGCGCCCAUUAUUUAUAGUCCCGAAUUGCAUUUCUCGGAAUUUGCAUCGGCCGUCGCUGAUAUGAAAAACUCUGCAGCGGAUCGUCAAAAUGCGCUAUCCUCCUGCGCUGGCCUCUUUGUGGCCGCUCAUUUGGGCUUCGAUUAUCCUGGCGUCUGGAUGCAUGUGGACAUGGCAUCACCCGUUCACUGUGGCGAACGUGCCACAGGCUAUGGUGUUGCAUUGCUGCUCACACUGUUUGGCAGCCAUACAAACUGUUCCCUGUUGCAGUCGAUUGCACCCACCGAAGAGGAGCCACCAUCGAAGCGUAUGUGCCGCGAUUAGCGUCUGACGUUCGCAACGCUUUAGCAUUUCAAUCAAGUUUAUACACACACACCAACAGCAAUUAUAUACAUAUACAUAUAUAGAAACAGAUGCAUGCGACAUGCUGAAAUAAAUGCCAAUUAGAUGAAGUUGUUGACAGGCAAUAAAAAUAAUUAAAUGAA